UUGUAGAUCAAAUGAACUGGACUUGAGAUAUUUGGGAACAAAACAUUCAAAUGGCCAUCAGCUUUGCUUCUACAACAGACAUUUAAAUACAAAGUGGCCUGUUAUCUUUUUUAAGACAAGAGUUAUGUGUUAGGCAUUUUUUCUCAAGUUGGUAGAGAAAAUACAUUAUGUGUGUUUAAAAUCAUGAUAUAAAGUACAUUUAUUCAACAAAAGAUGAGAACCUGUCUAUCUGUGUACAGACUCCAUGGAGACAAAUAAGACCAGACUGCUUUAUAAACAAGAGCCUUUCUCUCCUUUCAAAGGGGUGAAAGAGAGAGAGAAUACGAGACAUGAGUAUAGAGUAAAAAAGAUAGCCUGGGUAAUAUGUUUGAUGUUUAUAUAAUACGAAUUCUAUGCCAGUAAUGGAGUUCAUUCAUAGUUCAGUUGUGGCACAGCAGAAUAAAGUGCCAAGUGCUAUACUGUGAGUCUCUUAAUAGUCUGCCUAUUUCAUUCACUGCAAUGAAAGAACAAUAUAGCGUUCCUCAUAAACCGGGGCUUUGUCUCUAGGUAUGGCUGUAGUCAACAACAUUAUCCGGCCUUUUAUUUUGGCACUGUCUGAAAAGACCACGUCCAUUACUGCUGCUGUGAGAAUCCUGUUGAAAUCUUAUCAGAAAAGUCAAUGUUAUUCGCAUUGAGAUGUUUGUUACUGUGAUAUUGGAUGAGGGAAAAGAACAGCUAUUGAACCUAGACUGCAGUAUUAUAUACUUUAUCCAUUGUCUAAAAGAAAAAUGCGGUCUGGAUCUGGAAGAUACUGUGGAUUUAAUGGAUAGAGAUGGUAAGCUGAUGAACCUGACAGAGAGAGUGCAGAGCAUUGAUCUUGUCAGCAGUGUGCUGAAGGAGAGAGAGACUUAUAUUCCAGUAAGAGUGUCACGUGAAGGAACGGAAGGACCUAAGUAUUCUGCAGUGUUUGACUAUGGGACCUCUCACCCUGAGCUCGCAGAGGUCCUUAGAAAGUUGUCAAAUCGUGACAAAAGGGGCGUGGCAUCAAAAAGGGGAGGAGUCAGUCAAAACCGCAUCAAAGCUGCUGUCAGGAAGAGUAUGGCAAUACCUCGAAGCUGAUUUUAUACUUUUAUACUCGCUUUGUUUUACAAUAUUAAAAACAGUUAUACAAUUAAUUUUAGUAUUUAUGUGUUGGAGUGGCCACAGUUACACUAGCAACAACAAUCACCACAAUACCCUGUGAAUUUAAAGAGCACCUAUUGUCCGAUUCACGUUUUUACAUUUCCUUUGGUGUGUAGGUGUGUAUUAGUACAUGUUAACGAUAUACAAAAGGUACAAACCCCAAAGUAAACAAUGAUGCAGGUUACCGUCUCCAACGUAAAUCUCUUUUCUUAGAGUACAACAAACACACGGAUUGUAGGCAGUUUACUUCCUGGGAUUGGUGAUGUAGACCAGUGGUUCUCAAACUUUUUCAGCGGCGCAUUCCUCCGUGGCCCCCCAAAGAAAAUUUAUGACAAAAAACUGUUCUAAAACUCAACUUUUAAUUAAACAAAACAAAUUGAAUGAUACAAAGUAGUGCUGUUGGUUAGUAGCCAUAUUUUUUUAGGUUUAAUUCCACAGAAUUUAUGAUAAAUUAAUUUAUUUUAUAAAAUGUCAUAAUACCGGGGCCCCCCUGGCACCAUCUCGCGGCCCCCAGUUUGAGAACCGCUGAUGUAGACAAUACCGACAUUAUCAUAAUUUCCCCCACUACGGACUUAGCCUGUAAGUUGACUCCUGUUAGCAUUGCAUUGUGAGCGAAUCUUUCAAACAUGGUAAGGAGCGUCACAUUUCCGGCUGACGUCAGAGUUAUUCAGGCCAAUCACAACGUACAGAUUUGCUGGCCAAUCAGGGACACAGAGCUUUUCAAAUCUGUGCGUUUUUAAAAAGAGAGUGAAAUCUGGAGCUACAAAAAUGUACGGUAUGUGGAAAAAAUGUGUUUUUAAACCAUAAACCAUGCAAACACAUUGUAUUAUACCAAAUACACAAAAUAAUGUUGGUUUUAGCAAUGAAAUAGGUGCUCUUUAAAUAGAUCCUUGAAUAGAAUUCUGAACUGAACUUUAUGUUCAGUUGAACAUUUUUAGGAUUGCACUUGUUACAAAUAAGCUAAUAAAAUAUUUUAAAUCACUUUUUUGUCUAAUAAUUUACGUCUGUGGCAACUAGUUAUGUAUUAAUAUUAGGGACAUACAGCCGGUUGUUAUCGUAAAAUAACCCCCUCAGGGUAACACAAGACCUUAGCCAUCACCGGUCUAUAUCUGUCUUCAAAUAUAUUUCUGUCGGGUUGUGG